AUGGAGACAAAUGGGAAGAGCUGUAAGAGGAAGGUCCACGGAGAAAGCUUCAAAACCCAGACAGCAAAGAAACCAAAGCAGAAGAAUGAUAAACAAAAUACACUUUACAAGUUCAGAGAGAUUCUGGGUAAAGGAGCAAUGAAGAAAGUGUACAAGGCAUUUGAUGAGGUCCUUGGAAUGGAAGUGGCAUGGAAUCAAGUGAAGCUCGCCGAUGUUUUCCGUUCACCGGACGAAUUACAAAGACUUUACUCUGAAAUCCACCUUCUCAAUUACCUCGACCACAGUUCCAUCAUGCAAUUCUAUGAGUCGUGGAUCGAUAUCCAUAGAAAAACAUUCAACUUCGUCAACCGAGAUGUUCACCUACAGCACCCUUCGAGAGGGCGCCAGCGUGUCGAUAUACGAGUACGUUGUCUAGCUUAUCCCCAUUGCCAUGAUCCUCCAGUGAUACAUAGAGAUCUCAAAUGUGAUAACAUCUUUGUCCAUGGUCACCUCGGACAAGUAAAGAUAGGUGAUCUCUGA